UGUCAAGCUAGCUCUAAACAUAAAUAUGCUGUAUCUCCCUUAGAGGGCCAUCACUUCUAGUCACCUCAUUUUCAAGCCCCAAAACCUAUACUAUUCACGAUCAUGAAAAACUUCAUCAUUUUAGCGGCUCUUGCGGCCAGCGCCCAGGGCCUCAUGGGUCGCACUACUAAUUGUUGCUUCCAUCUUACUGCCUCAGGCGGUGCCUCGGGCACCGUUGGCCAGCUCAGCGAUGGACAAAACCGUAUUGGUGACAACACUCUGUCUCCUGCGCAAUUCUGUAUUAGCUCAGAUGGAUCUAUCACGGAUGGCAGUGGCCGUGGCUGCAUUCUAACUCCACCAACUACUCAGUUCCAGUGUGAUCAGGGUGCCACACCCGAGUCGGGCUUCUCUAUUAGCCCAUCUGGCCUGCUAGAGUUUCAAGGUGGCUCUGACUUCAUUGCUUGUGACACUGGCCAGAACGGUGGUAUGAACAUCCAUGUCACUCCAAGCAAGGCCCUCGGGAAGUGUGUAAACAUCCAAUUGAGGGCCGACUCAUGCGUACCCUCUGCCUCCUCUACCCCCUCUGCCCCGCCAGCCACUUCGUCCGCUAGCAGUAGCUGUCCGACCACGUUAUCAUCCGGCAACUUUGAGUUUCCUCACCUGAUCAUCCCUGUCAACUCAGAGUCUCCCAAUAAGCCUUUAGGCAACUCAUUCAACGGCACGGUGACCUCGACCAUCUCAAGUAUAUUUAACUUCGAUAUUCCCCAGUCUGAUUCUGGCAAGACGUGCAGAUUAGUCUUCCUAUUUCCCCGGAAAGCUGAUCUUCAGACCUCAUCCUUUAGUUUCAGCGGUGACGGCAACAUAAACUUUUCCAAACUUUCCAAGGCUGCUAAUACCUCUACUACCUUUGACAAUGCCCCCUCUAUCUCACAGGACCUAGGUAGUAUCACGGUUUCACCUGGAAAUUCAUUCGUUGUCUCAACCUUCUCUUGCCCCGCUGGUGAGGCUAUUGCCUUCGAGAUGAAAAAUGCCGGUACCACGGACCUUAACUUCUUUGAGGACUUCAACCCGUCUCCUCUGGGUCUUUUCAUCACUGUCUGCUAAAGAAAUACGCGUAACCUCGGUGUCCUUCUCAGACUCUCAUCAUUGAUAGUUGAUCAUCUGUGUCGAAUCCUGAGCAGAGUGAUUAUGCCGGAAACCAACAAUUUGCCCAAAGCAUCAUGCCUCAUGUGAAUCUGAUCUGGUCACUCUAAUUUCUGUGAAGAAAAGUCAUUCUUUUUUUCGUUGACGGCCUGGGAAAACAUGAAAUUGGCGGGGCUUUUGUACUAUGUCAAUCCUGAAAUCGAUUAAUUAUUUCUCUAACCCAGCAGCG